AUGCCGAAGGAGGCAUUGGUCACGAUUCGCUACGGCCCCUACAAGGCGUGUUGGGUGGUGGAUUUCAGGACAUUCCGCCUGGAGGGGCUGCGGGCUGCUCUAGAGGAGGAUGGUCACCGCUGCAUCCUGGAGCCAUUUCUUGACUGGAAUACAGUGGAACUGGUUGUGAAAGGAGAGUCUGUUUUCAAAUGUAACAUUAAAGAAUUUGAUUUUGGAGGCGAUGGACUAUUGGAUCCACUUUGUGCAAAAGCAGUGAUUGCAGUGAGAAAUGCCUACUGACUAGUUGAUAAGCUGCAUUGUCAUUUAUAUUCUCACAUUUCCCUCCUACAAGGAAAUGAAGUGUUUCUUCCAGCCAUCUCAUGGCAGGCAUUUUGGUAUCUGGUCAGAAUUUCUUAUUUAUGCUGAUGAUUUAUACCCUUCUCCAGGGAUUAACCACGUAAUUGCAACAUUUCACUGCUCAGACAAUUUUUGCAACUACAUUUCUCUGUAUUCAUUACCAGAAAAAUAAAAUCCUCCUGCAUAUGCUAUUUCUAUAUUAGGUUUUGUAUUUAAGCACAUUUUAAAAUUAUAAUGUAUGAUAAAAAUAUUGGACAGUGGUAGGAUAUUAACAAUACCUCGCACUCCUCAAGAAAGAGGUAGAGCUUUUCGAUCACCUCUGAAGCAAGUUCAGUGAAGACUGAGGUCUGUUCAAAUGAUGAUAGCUGGGAUUUCAACUCAGUCUCUGGAAGGAAGGGCAUAAGUGUAUAACCAAAUCUAAUCUGCACUAUGGUCAAUGUUUAUUUUUAACAAAUACUUUUAUAAACAUACAUAAUAAGGUAAUGUUUAAGGACAUGGAUGUUCUGCCCAUUCAGAAAAACCUACAGAAUGUCAUUCUGUAUUCUGGAAGUGUUGAUACUGAUCAUACAGUUGAGAUGUUUAAAAAAAAGGAAAUCACAGAAAUUAUUUACAAAAGCAAUGAAUUUGUGACAGCAAAAAUCACAUGUAUGGGAAAAGAAGUUAGAAAUGUUUGUACUAGGCAAUCAUCACACAAGAAUACACACUUGUCGAACAGGGAGAAAAGAAUCAAUCUCAGAAAGAGUUCAAUGAAGUCCAAUUCUAAAGUCUAAAAAAUCUAUCACAGCAGUAAGAGAGGAGCUUCAAUUGUACCAGAGAGGCAAUGAUUAAUUUGUUAUCCAGUAUCAAAAACAUAAAAGCUCCUUGAAUUGGAAUAAAAGCUAAGCACAACAUAGUCAAAUGGGCCACAGAUACUGUUUAGUGCCAGCUUUUCAGCUAUGCCUCAGAAUAAUUUAAUUAUUUUUAUAGAUCAUUUCCGAUCAGAAAUAUCAGCAAGCUUUUACUUCAUGGUAGAAUAAUUUUAACAUUGUCCAGUGAAUGUCUUUAAUGGAGCAAAUGACCUUUCUUUAUGGUCUGAUA